GGAGGGGGAGGGGAGUGGUGGUUUGAGAGUGCACCGAAUGCGAACAGGCGGCGGCAACCGAGGCGGAUUUGGGGUGUGACACUCCUCCACUGCCACCGCCCCCCAAGCGGGGCACAUUCACGCACACACACAAACACACGCACACACACACAUACAUACAUACAUACAUACACACACACACACACACGCACACACACACACAUACACACACACACACACACACACACACACACACACACACACAUACAUACACUUCCCCUCCCCUCCCACUCCCACUCACCGCCUCUGCACAUGUCGGAGAAGGAGGCGCUCGCCGCCGAGAACGCAGCCUUGCAGGCGCAGGUGGCGAAGCUGCAGCAGGAGCAGGCGGCGCUGUCGGCAAAGGUGGAGAAGACACUUAUCAAGGUCAUUGCCGAGCGAAGGGCCCUGACCAAGCAGGCUGACGCUCUUGCCAAGCAGAACGAAAAGCUGACGCUGCUGGCCAAGCAUGCCGAGGCCCGCAAGGCUACCGAGCCGCCACCGUCGCAAGCCGACGCCGACGCCGACGCUGACGCUGACGCCGAAGCCCAGACCGACGGCGAUGGGCAAGGUGGCGAGCAGAGUGACGAGCCGGUCUCGGCCGCGGGAGCUAUGCUGGCCUCUCGCGAGCGGACGUCGGCUUCCAAGCGCGGGACACGGUCGUCGGCCGGCUCGCGCGCCCGCAAGGCCCGAGUUGCCGAGCUCGAGGAGCUCAGGCUGGAAAAGGCCGAGCUUGUCGAGCUCGUCAAGGCCGCGCAGGCCGCCAAGCAGCAGUCGUUUGAAGCCGCCCGUAACGUCGUCUCGGCAACCAUCGAAGAAGUCAAGGACACGUCGGUGCUCGAGCGGACGCUCUUCCGGUUUGCGCGCUCGCCGUCCGAGAUGCAAAAGUUGCGGCGGUCACUCUUUGCGCUCAUUGCCGUGACCCAGGACGCCAAGUGCGAGCUCGCCACGCUCCGCAACAAGGCCGAAGCCACUCAGCACGUGCUGGAGACCCAUGCUAUCCUCGCCACCGUCGUCGACCGCAUGCGUGACCAGAUGACGUCGUCGUCAGCGCUGCUAGCUGCGCUCAGGACCACUGCCGAGGAGCGGAAUGCCGACGCCGCAGAGGCCAAGAUGCUGCUCGCCGACAUGCGCGAGGUUGAGCAUGCGCUGAAGAGCCAGCUCGCGGCAGAGUGCGCAGCCGCCGCACGCGGUGCCCCGUUUGUGGCCCAGCGCCGCGAGCUCGAGUUUCGCCGCUCGGUCGCUGCCGCAGAAGUCGCUGUCCUCGAGGCCCGUAUCAAGGACGCGUCCGGCCCGCCCGCGCCGACCGCGUCGCAGCUCGCCGAGGCCCAAGCGCUGUCCGCCGUCCUUCAAGAGCGCGAGCUGGCUCUCUCUGACAUGCGCAAGCGCCACGCCGCGCUCACCGCCGAGACGCAUGCUUAUGCCCGCGAGGAAGCCGACCUCAGGCGGGCGCUGGAGACGCUCAUUGCUACCAAGACCACGUCGUUGAUGUCGCUGCGGCGGCUCGGCGAGCUGGUCGGCUCUGCUGUCGUGAGCAAGUCGCAGCUCAAGAUCCGACUCAUCGACGAGCAGAAGGACUACACUGAGACGCGCCUCCUGCUCCGCGAGGACGCCGUCACGCUCCGCGGCCUGCAGCGGAUCAACUCGCUCAACGCCGACCUCGCGUGGUCGCUGCAGGAGACCGAAGACGAGAACCGCAAGAUGCUGGACCGGUGGUCGACGCUCGAGCGCAUUGCUGCCUUUAGCAUGCCCUCGGUCGACGCCGAGGUCUACCUCCGCCUCGUCGCCAUCUUUGGCGAGGACGGCCUUAGCCCUCCGCCGGACCUGUCGGUCUCGCCGGUCUUGCCGCCGCUGAUUUCACGGCCCGACCCCGUGCCAGCCGACGCCCUGAGAGGGAGCCCAGGGUGCUCAGCCGCCGAUAGCAAGCCCGAGAGCCAGCCAGACAGCUCGUCGCCGCAGGCCGGCUCGCCCUCGGGUCGCGCCUCCGACCCGUCACUGAUCCACGGAAACGAGCCGGCCUCCGGUAUCAGCGCCGUCAACCGCGCUUCGUUUGAGCGGUCAUUUGUCCAGCGCGCGCGCUCGUCGUCCGAGUACGGCCGCAACCAGCCGCCGCAGGCCCACACCGCCGUCGACAUCGACUCGAUCCUCGCAGCAGACACCUCGCAGCCAUCGCAACCGGUGGAAACGAUGACCGCGCUUGAUCGCGAGACGCUGCUCAAGAAAGUCCGCGCCCGUUCGGCCAUGCCGCAGUCGCCCGGCUCGCGGACCUCGCUCGUGGCCUCGUCCGAGUUGCUGUUCAUGGACGCCAAGAGCGCGAGUCCGGCGACGCGCAACGACAGCGCGAGCGUCGCGGUAGCAUCGACUGCCCCGGCCGAUCUCGACGCGUCCGAGGUCGACUCGGACAUCCGGGUCCGCGCAGGCACGCUUCGCAAGCUUGUCGAGCUGUUGACGUACGAGCGGUCGCCCAUGCCGUCGUACGUCCGGGCCUUCCUUCUCACCUACCGAGCAUUUACCUCGCCGCUCGAGCUCCUCGACUUGCUCGUCGAGCGGUACUGCAUCACUCCGCCGCCGGAGCUUACGGGCUCUGCGCUGCUCGACUUUACAAAGUCGCAGCAGGUUCCGAUUCGGCUCCGGGUUUUCAACAUUCUGCGGAAGUGGAUCAAGGACUUUUACUACGACUUUGAGGCCGAACCCGAGCUGGCCAAGCGGCUCCUUGAGUUUGUGCGGAACGUCAUGCCGGCGACGGCCAUGGAGCGGCCGGCCAAGAUCCUGGAGCGGCUGCUGACGCGGGCGUCGGGGGUGCCAGCCGCGGCAGGCGGCAGUGCACGCGACUCGGUCCGAGCCUCUGAGCUGAUAGUCGAGUGGGCCACGGUCGACCGGGCGUCUGGCGUGCUCCCGUCGGUCUCACUCGACCUCACCCUCGCCGACGUGGACAUCAAGUCACUGGCGCUCGCGCUCUCGAUCUACGAGCAAAAACUGUUCAUCGCCAUCCGGCCGCAAGAGUUCCUUGGGCUCUCGUGGUCGAAAAAGGGUAAGGAGACCAAGGCGCCAAACGUGCUCGCCAUGAUCCGGUGGUUCAACAGCUUCUCGCGGUUCAUUGUCCACGAGAUCCUUCGUGUCGAAGGUCGCAUGGCUGACCGCGUCAAGAUCCUCAAGCGAGCGAUCCGGUUCGGGCACGAGCUCGUCGCACUCAACAACCUCAACGGCGCCAUGGAGGUGACCGCGGCGCUCCAGUCGUCGCCGAUCUUUCGGCUCAAGAAGCACUGGGCCGCGCUCGACCGCAAGACCCGCGACCAGUGGGAUGCACUCAAUGAGCUCCUCUCGCGCAACGCGUCGUACAAAAACAUGCGCUCACACCUCGGCCUCGCCAACCCACCGUGCAUUCCGUACCUCGGCAUGUACCUCACCGAUCUCACGUUCAUCGAGGACGGCAACCCGGAUCAUGUCGACCACGACGGCGAGCAGCUGAUCAACUUUUCGAAGUGCUGGCUCGUCGCCGGUACCAUCACCCAAGUCCGCCAAUACCAGCAGACCAAGUACGUGCCCGAAGGUGACGAGGCCGUUGACGGUUUCUCGUUCCUCCGCUCCGUCCUCGCCGCAGGCAUGUCCGGCUUUGACGACGAGGAAGAGGCCCACAAACGGUCGCGUAUCGUCGAGCCGCGGACGUGAGCCAGAAAUACAGGCACGGCUCACCGUGCUCCGAGCCAUCGCACAAACUCUAACUCCUCGGCCGUGCACGUCUCGUGCCCGCAGCCGCGAACUGUAAAGAACUCGAGCUCGA